AUGUCUGAUCUCGACAUGGAGAAGAUCGUUUCGGAAUGGCAGGAUGUCACGUCGCCUUAUCGCUUUAUGCGAAGCCCGUGUGCAGUGUGCUCUAAGUUGAUUCCCAAUUCAGAGCUGGUUAUACUUGAUCCUACUGAAAUUGAUCUCGAGAUACUCGUCAAUCCUUACCUUCCCGAUGAUGUUUACCCCGUUGAUUAUAAUCUUGUAGCCUACAAAGGUGCCAUUCUUUGUGCUAGAGGAUUGGAGAACCCUCGCGAGCUCGGGAAAUUCCGUGCUUGCAAAGCUUGCGCGAAUGACCUAUCCAAGGGGCUGAUGCCCAAGCUAGCUCUUGCCAAUUGGCUCUACUACGGUCGGUCUCGAUUACCAGAGGAUGUUCGUCGCGCUUUCGAGCAAUCUACGAUUUUCGAGCGGGCGAUGAUAGCUAGGGUCAGAGGGAAUGGGAUUUGUUGUCGCUUUAUCGAACGUGAUGAAGAAGACGAAGAGGAAGGUGUGCCGAAGGAUCGACGUCGGAAGCGAUCAAGACAUGUGCGAGGCAACAUCAUGAUGGCUCCUCUUGAUGUUCUCCAAAUGCAUGACAGCCUCCCUCCUUCCCAUACAGAGAUAGCUGACACUUUAUGCAUUGUGUUUAUUUCUCAAACAAUGCCGACUCGAGCUACGAUUGAAAGCUUUAAACCCGUUCUCGUACGGAAGAGUAGAGUCAAGCUUCUCUUGAAGUUCCUGCUCGCCAAUAACCCCCAUUAUCGGCGAGUUCCAGGAUUUAUGGGCUAUAGUGCAGACCGGCUCAACGCUUUGUUCGAGGGACAUAAUGAUGAAGGCGUUCCUAAAGCGGUUCACUUCGGGUUCCUUCCGUUCAAUGAAGGAAUUGACACGGCGAUUUCGUCCCAUGUAGCUGGGUUGGACACGGCCUUUGAAGAGGAUAGUAGCGAAAUUCUCAUGGAGAAUACUGGUUACACAACAGGGGACCAUACAGCCAAAAGUUAUCGGCACAUGCAAACUGAUGCUGUAAAUAGAUGUCUUUCAGGAAAGCCCUUCCUAUCUUCGCGUUCGGGUGCUCGCCCUAUCCCAGAUUUCGGGAACCCGUAUAUGCUAUCUUGGAUGUUCCCGCAUUUGGAUCCUUGGGGGUUGGGAGGGUUCUAUCACCCACUUCGCACACGCUACGUGAGCAUGGAAGAACAACUGUCGCAUCUGCUUCAAAGGGAAGAUUCUACUUUCGAAAAAGAUCCCGAAUUUGCUUUCGUUUUCUACAACGUGUUGCGUAAGAAGAUGGUGAACACAUCCAUCCGAUUUCGAGCCCCUGUGGCAACAUAUUCACGCAUAGUCCGGGAUAUCCUGGAUAUCGAUCGCCAGGUACUCACUUCACUGAUUGAAAAGUUCAGAGUCAUGCCGUGGUACAAACCAGAAAUACUGGCUGAAAAACAGGUCCUCAGAGUGAUGGCCUCGAUCUCCCCUGUAGCCCGCCACGUUCCGGGGACAGUAGCUCAAAAGGUCAUGAUGAGAAACGAGAUAAGAGGUGUCAUCAACAACAGGGGCCCUCCUACUUUAUUUGUUACAAUCAAUCCAUCGGACGUAGAUAACCCUAUCGUUCGUAUCCUUGCAGGGCGGUGUGAAACUCCGUCUCAGGUUAACGAGCUAUUGUACGACCAUUCGAAAGCUCGUGGUGCGAUUGCAGUGGCUCAUCCAGUGGCAUGUGUUCAAUUUUUCGAUGCGAUGAUACGCCAAUUUGUAAACAUUGUUCUGCGUUGCGGGAGGGACGAGCCGGGAGUGUAUGGGAUAUGUGACGCGUACUACGGUACGGUCGAGGCUCAAGGAAGGGGUACUUUACAUUGCCAUAUGCUCGUUUGGCUACGAGGUCAUCCGAGCCCCCGUAUCCUGAAGGAAUUACUGAUUUCCGAUACCAGCUAUCGCAAGAUGUUUCUCCUGUGGCUAGAAUCCAUAAUGCAAUCCGACUUCCAGUGCGAGAAUACUCGUCGCUGGUUGAACGGGUUCGAUAAUGUUGAGAGCGUGUUAAAGUCACUUGGCGAACCGCAUCCUGGGAGUCUGCUUGGUCCUCUUUUGCAGGACUAUGGUCUACGGGACUUCAAGGAGGAGAUGAAGAGACAUACUGAUAGACUUUUGCUGCGAUACAACCUUCAUAAGCAUAGAGCAACGUGUUGGAAGUACCUCAAUCCCAAAGAACCUCGUUCUGAUGCAAACUGCCGGUUUGGUAUGGAUGGUGUAAUUACGGCGAGAACAGAGAUAGAGGAAGACACGGGCAGAAUCAACGUAAAACGUCUCAACGGUCAAAUGACUCACUAUACCCCUUUAGUUACCUUCCUUGCUAAAUGCAAUCACGAUGUCAAGUUCAUCGGGUCCGGAAAAGACGCGAAAGCGUUCAUGUAUUAUGUGACAGAAUACAUUAUGAAGUCCCCCAUAACCGUUCACGCUGGCCUUGCUGCUUUGUCUUACGCCAUCCGUCAGACGGAAAGAAGGUUCACACCCUCAACCAAUACCCUGACCAAACCCGAGGUCGUUUCCGCCAUGACCACUGCAGUAAACAGUAUGCUCGGCCACCAGGAGGUGUCGCACCAACAAGUCAUGCGAGAUAUCAUUGUAGGCGGUCCGGAGAGAUACACAAACGCUGUCUUCCAAACUUUCAACUGGGGAGAAUGCCUUCGUUUCGUUAAUAUUACGCACGAGUUCCGGGAAAAGGGUAUCGACGUCCCUCACGAUCCUACGUUGGACUCGGCUAUCAACGAAGCAUCGGGGGGAUUUGUUUCUGUGACUCCCCAAUCGGACGACGUUAGUAUCAGUAGUGGGCGUUUGGACUACGUUUAUAGAUCUUCGUCUUCGAAGAUUGGUCGUAUGGGUCUGUAUACCUUCCUUGCGUCGACGAGGAAGGAGAGGAUUAAGAGAAACGAUGACGGUGACAUUGUGCACCGGGAAAAUAGGUUCCUCUUUUCGGCCGCGCACCCCCAAGUUCGAUCUCAUCUUCUUGUGCUACGAAGGCAUUCAGUCGUCCCGGUUCUGUUAGGACCAAACUUGGCCAGGUCGAAUGCGUUGGACGACCAGGACAACGGAUGGUGUCGAGAUAUGAUUAUUUUAUUUAAACCUUGGAGAAACCCGUUAGAUUUGAAAGAAAAGGAAGAAUUGUGGGUUGAAAGUUGGGCCAAAUGGAAGCCUAAACUGGGUAGCGAAGAGUUAAGUAUUAUCGAAAAUAUGGCCCAGCUUGCUGAAGGGAAGGAACUCGGCCCCCGGCAUAAACGCGAUCGAGCGCAAGCAGACGGUGCAGGUGGUUUCCGCGACAUCGGCCGCGAAGUGGAAGAGAAUCAGACUAUUCAUUCGGUGGCAUUCUACGAAUCAAACGCCUACAAGGAAACAAGCUCAGAAGAACUACAGGAAAUCCAGGAAGUGCCCAGUGGUUACAAGCUGACCCUCGAAACACUCCUUGGUUGUGAUAAUGCUAAUGCUUUGUCGAAAUGCUAUCCGAACGACGUAGAGGGCAGAUCCACAGUAGAAGAGACUUUGCUACGCUCAGAUUCUGGGAACGGGAUGGAGUUGAAGGAGCUUGACGAAGGCUUAAAAAGUAUCGUUGAGCAGCAUGAGAAUGCGCUGAAACACCGAGGAGGUGGCUCAUUGGUUUCUGACCCUGACAUUGAUAUGGACGAGGAGAUUUGGGAAGGCCAUCUCAGGCUACCUGCCGUAACAAUCGUCUCUGCAGAGGCGCUUGAUACCAGACCCUUUGGCAUUCGGACGGUUCCUGCGGAGGAUCCUAGGAGGGAGGUGGUGGCAAAAGAUGUGUCUGAUUUACAAACUUCACCCAUACUUACUGAUUGCACAUCGCGGAUCAUGCCCAUCGCUUAA